AUGUGCAGCCUUCCAUCAGAGAUCGUUGAUCAGAUUGCCGAACAGGUCUACGAAACGAACUUCCAUCAACUUGAUUCCAUCUUUGCUUUCUCCCUUGUUUCUCAGCAAUUCCGCCAAUCCGCUUUACCCUUUUUGUUCGGCCAGAUCUCCCACGUUGUUCGGGAAGAUAAGCAUGAUGUCAGUCACAAACUCCUCCAUCGUCUGCUCGACCAUCCUCAUCUGCUCCGCCACGUCCGGACGUUGCAUAUCACCCGGAUUGGCCGAGGUGAUUCUCCGCUAAAAGGCGUCGAGGCUUUCACUCAUGGAUCCCGGUCCGAGGACCUGCGGGUGAUUGAGCAGGCGUUGCCCUUCAUGCCCCGACUACGUCGGAUGAGAUUUAAUUGUUCGCCGAUGGCGACGAGGCACAUACUCGCCAUGUUGCCUGCUGACCCGGUCUAUGAGUUGAUCAUUGACCAACUAUACACUCCUUCCUACUGGACCAAUCUCUCCGAAGCCAUGACGAGGCUCGCAUCCGCUGCUCAACGCCAUCAACUUGCUCUGGGAGGCUUUCGCCUGCCCCCGGCCGAGCUACCGGUAAAUAGGGCCGUGUACGACGCAAUGGCCAAGACGACGGCCAUAGAUCUCCAUAUGGACUGGCUGCUCAAGAUCAUCCGAAACCAGAAAGAAUGUCGAUUUUCUGAUCGAUUCUUCGAUCAUGAACCCUCCUGGACCGAGUUGCGCCUUAUGUUUAGCGGUUCCAAUAGAUCCAGACUCCAUUCACUGCAAGACUUUGACCUUGCAUCGGUCCCAUGGUCUAAUCUCCGACGGCUCUCCAUCGUUGCGGCCUCUCCCACCCCUUUGAAUCAAUUCGUACAUGACAUUACCCCUAAACUAUCCAGGAUUCAGGCCUUACGGCUUCGUGGCUACCAGAAAUAUCGUUAUCACCCCACCUGUAACUACCGUGCCCCUCAGCCCGACUCCUAUCAGGACACACCAAGGGGACCCCCUAUACAGAUUGAUUUUACCAAAAUGCCGCAGCUUCGUGAGCUGGAGAUCGAGGGAAUUUGCAAUCAUAUCCCUAUUGAAAAAUUGACCGGACCGAAUCUUCGAUAUCUGCGACUGCAUAGCGAUGAUCACACGUGGUCCGUCGGCAGAUCCGAGAGUCAGCGGACCCACACCGAUAUUCUGACCAUCGCCAAAAUUUCACCUCACCUGGAACGCCUCGAGCUUGACAUUGGACGAAUCGACAACCUGUGGCAUCCGGCCGCAAUUCCAGGUGUGGAUGUGGACAUGGAACAGUAUGCCUUCUUGAACGCGAUUUCCAAAUUUCCCCGACUGCGAAUCGUCGGACUUUUCCCUCCCUUCCUGGUUCGAGAGGGUCCACGAGAUGCUCAGGGCGACGUCCGGCCCGUCGUCCCCGUCUCUGAUGAUCAAGCGAUUCGCGUAUUUGAGUAUUUGCGGAUGGGAUGUUCAUCUUUGCAAAUGCUGAGGAUUGCGGCAAGCCCAAUCUUUACUUCCAUCUCCACCAUGUGCUGGGAGGUCAAACGUUUAGGAGACAAGACCAUUUUGACCACCAAACAUCGGAAUAAGAAUUAUCAAGAUCGGCAAGUGUGGAUAGGUCAGCGAAAAAUAUCGAGUAGGAUCCAUCGAUUCAAUAUAGCGCAGGCGUACAUCCCUGAGUCGGAAGAUUGGAUAUUGACCCGAAGCGAUUAUGAAACAAUCACCCCUUGA